CCUUCCCUUCCACAAGCCAUCUUUAUAAAACACUUCCCUUCCGCCAUUAAUUUCAGACAAGAUUAUCGAAAUAAAUCCCUAACGACUUCACUAAUACAGUCUCUCUUUCUCGCUGACUCCGUUCCGGUUCGAUACCCGAAACUAGCAUUCUCCAAUGGCUUCCGCAAUUGCAUUAAGGAGAGCCGCUACUCCAAGCCUCCUCAACAAGUUCCUCAACCCAGUCCGUUCUGUCACGGUUGUUCCACCCGCAGUGCGCUCUUUCAAUACUAAGGCUCAGAUGCUUGACUAUGAUGAUGACGAGCAUGGUGUUGAUGUCAGUCGCCGCUCCGACCAGCCUGUCUCUCGCCGUCGUGAUUACGUUCCUAAUCUCUUCUCAGGUAACGUGCUCGAUCCUUUCUCUUCAACAAAGAGCUUGAGCCAGGUGCUUAAUCUGAUGGACCAGUUCAUGGAGAACCCAUUCCUGGCUGCAUCGAGGGGGAUGGGAGCUGGAACGAGGAGAGGAUGGGACGUGAAGGAAGAUGAGAAUGCUCUGUAUCUGAGGAUGGACAUGCCAGGGCUGGGGAAGGAAAACGUGAAGGUGUCUGUGGAGCAGAACACUCUGAUCAUCAAGGGAGAAGGGGAAAAAGAAUCUGACGAGGAGAAGAGCGGGCGAAGGUACAGUAGCAGGAUCGAUCUGCCUGAGAAGCUGUACAAGAUUGAUCAGAUUAAGGCGGAGAUGAAGAAUGGUGUUCUCAAGGUUAUUGUUCCGAAGGUGAAGGAAGAGGAGAGGAAGGUCGUCUUGCAAGUUAAGAUCGACUAAUUUCUGGGAGUAACUCCGGUUGAGAAGAUUUCAAAUUUCAAAUGUUGGGUAUAGGGGAAAGUAGAUUAAUUAGAAGAAAUUGUAAAAAGGUUUUUCUAGUACAAAUGUUAAAUUGUUAAUGAAGUAGAAACCAGGCUUCUGAAGAAAAGAAAUUUUCACUUUUGGGGGUCGCAGAACCAAUAUCCCAUCAAUCCAUUAUCCCUUACAAAUGAUA